UAAUUCGACAAAGAAGAAGAAGCGCGAGCUGGGACAGACAGAGCGCGCUGAGGCGAACCCGGCGGUGGCUGUUUGUUAAAAUGGCUGCUCACCUGAAGAAGAGGGUUUAUGAGGAAUUUUCUAAAGUAGUUCAGCAACAGCUUCUUGAAGAAGUACCGGCGAAGAAGCUCCGGCUGACCAAACCCAGUAAAUCUGCAGCUCUUCAUAUUGACCUGUGCAAAGCCACCAACCCCACAGAUGCCCUGCAGUAUCUCCUCAGCUUCGCCCGUAAGCCAGUGGAGGCAGAAAGUGUUGAGGGUGUAGUUCGUAUCCUUCUGGAGCAUUAUUACAAAGAAAUAGAUAACUCGGUCAGGCUGAAGAUUGCUUCAUUGCUUGGACUGCUCUCCAAAACACCUGGAUUCUCCCCCGACUGCAUUGUGGAUGAUGUUAUAAGCACCCUUAAUAAUGACAAGUCUAACCAGGUGCUGGCACAGCUGUUGGACACUCUGCUGGUUAUUGGAACACAUCUCCCAGAGAACGCAGCGGUCACUCAGAGGCUCAUUGAGGUGGCAUGCAAGCACCUCAGUAGCCCGUAUUUUGGAGUGCGGAACAAAUGCCUGCAGCUCCUGGGUUAUUUAGGGACGGUUGAUAAACCUCUAACCAAAGAGAGUGAAGCCAGCACCUCCACUGCACCCCUUCAGGACGUCCAGAGCCUGAUCAGUGAUUACUUCAGUGACCAGGACCCUCGCGUUCGCACGGCCUCCAUUAAAGCUAUGCUGCAGCUCCAUGAAAGAGGAAUGAAACUCCAGCAGACUGCAUACAGCCAGGCCUGCAAACUCUUAAAUGAUGAUUAUGAACAAGUUCGCUCAGCAGCUGUGCAGAUGGUGUGGGUCCUGAGCCAGCUUUAUCCUGAAAGUAUUGUCCCCAUCCCCUCAUCCAACGAGGAGAUCCGUCUGAUAGACGACUCCUUUGGGAAGAUCUGUCACAUGGUCAGCGAUGGCUCCUGGGUGGUCAGAGUGCAAGCCGCUAAGCUGCUGGGCUCCAUGCAGCAGGUCAGUCCACACUUCCUGGAGCAGACGCUGGACAAGAAGCUGAUGUCAGAUCUCAGGAGGAAACGCACGGCUCACGAGCGAGCUAAAGAGCUCUACGCUUCGGGAGAAUUCUCCUCAGGCCGGAAGUGGGCAGACGAUGCUCCUAAAGAGAAAGUGGACACGUCAGGUGUGAAUCUGAUUGAUUCUGGAGCCUGUGGAGCUUUUGUUCACGGCCUCGAGGACGAGAUGUAUGAAGUGAGGAUAGCUGCUGUAGAGGCACUGUGCUGUCUGGCUCAGGCAUCUCCCAGCUUUGCGGAGAAGUGUCUGGACUUCUUGGUCGACAUGUUUAAUGAUGAAAUCGAGGAGGUGAGGCUGCAGUCGAUUCACGCACUGCGUCAGAUCUCCACACACAUCACCCUGAGAGAAGACCAGCUGGACACUGUGCUCGCUGUGCUGGAGGAUUCUUCGAGAGACAUUCGAGAGGCUCUGCAUGAGCUGCUGUGUUACACUAACGUGUCGACUAAAGACUGUAUCCAGCUGGCCCUGCUGGAGCUCCUGAAGAACCUCACCAAGUACCCCACCGACCGCAACUCUGUGUGGAAGUGUUUAAAGUUUCUUGGUCUUCGUCACCCCACUCUAGUCCUGCCCAUUGUCCCAGAACUUCUCAGUACACAUCCAUAUUUCGACACACCAGAGCCAGACAUGGACGACCCAGCCUACAUUGCUGUGUUAGUGCUGGUGUUUAAUGCAGCAAAGUCUUGUCCCACCAUGCCAGCUCUGUUCUCUGACCACACCUUCCAUCACUACGCCUACCUGCGGGACAGCCUCUCACACCUGGUGCCACAUCUCAGGUUACCAGGCCGGAAGCAGGCAGCGGUCCUGGGCUCGGAGUUAUCCGGAGUCGGGUCCGGUAGUUUAGAAUCUGCACAGCAGUUCCUGCAGGACAGCCUCGCUCGGGUCAGCACCUUACAGAACCUGGACUCACCUGGAGCUCAGGAUCUGCUGGACUUCACUAUCAGAGACCUGCAGAGGCUGGGGGAGCUGCAGAAGGAGCUGGCUGGAUCCGCAGACUUCUGUGCCACGUACCUGCGCUGCCAACUUCUGCUUAUGAAGGCUCUACAGGAAAAGCUGUGGAACAUGGCUGUGCCCCUGUGUCUGAAACAGAAUGCCAUGGCAUCCACUGCUGCACAGCAGAUCCUGGAGGAGACGUAUAAGUUGGAGUACCUGUACAGCGGGCUGGAGACUCGGCAGGUGGCCACUGUUCAUAACGUGCGACUGCAGGCCAAAGCACUGCAGCUCAUCCUGACCGCCCGCACCAAACGCGGGGUAGAGUCUGUUCUUGCACUGUGUGAGAAAUUCCUACAAGAAGUGGAAUCUUUUCAGAGGCUCUUCAUGACGGAGCUGCCUCACUUUCAGGACAGUUUUGUAGAGAAGCUUCUGGAGCUGAUGCCCAGACUGGUGUCCUGUAAACCGCUGGACCUGGUGAAGAUCCUGCUGACCACCCUGAGGCAGAGCAGGUUUAUCCACCUCAGACUACCUGAGCAGAUCCACCGAGCUUUAGCCACCAUCAUUGAGCCGACGGGGGAGUCAGAUAACCCUCUCAGAUUUACCACCGGCCUGGUGGUGGCGCUAGAUAUUGAUGCAACUCUGGAACAUGUGCAGGACCCUCAAACAACAGUAAAAGUGCAGGUCCUCUAUCCGGAUGGACAGUCUCAUAUAAUCCACCCUAAACCUGGAGAUUUUAGGACCCCGGGGCCAGGACGGGUGAGACUCAUCACUCAGGUGUAUCUGUCCCAUUCUGCCUGGACAGAGCCGUGUCAGAUAGAGGUGAGGUUGCUCCUGGCCUACAGCUCCAGCAGCAGCAAACUCGCCACGCCCAAACCAGCCUGGAACGAGAGCACAGAGGGUCUGCCCACGAGCGAGAGCUGCAUCGAGGGCACCAUCAACCUCAGCAAGCCUGUCAAAGUCUUCAUCAUGCCCAAACCAGCCCGACGAUAACCUGAGACGCAGACAUGCAACUUAAAGGAGAAUUCCGGUGUGAAAUGGACUUUGUGUGUAUUAAAACGCCCCUGCCUUCUCAUCUUUGCAGUUUAAACUGAAGAAGGAACCCACAGCUGCUGCAUAGGGCGCUCGCACAGGCUAUAAUGUAGGCACCGCGUUAACUUAGCCUUUAAAGGAGAACUCGACUGGUGUGAAAUGGACUUUGGGUGUAUUGCAACGUGAUAAAAGGUAAGUACCAUUUCCAUUUUCAUUUUGUGCACUCUGCCCAAACAGGCUUCAGAAUGGAUGAUAUGGAGCAUGCCUUGCACCUGCAGAUAAAUCUCUUUUUCCACUGUUAUUCAGGCUCCAAGUAGCUCCACACCUCAUUGGUAUAAUCCGGAGAGCCCUGAUAUUUAAAAUGAGGUACUUUAGUACUUUAAAACUGCACAAGAAGUUGAUUAAAAAACAUCGUUUACAUCCCAUAGUGUAGAUAAAUCUCUGUGCGCUGCCACAAUAAGUCAACCGUCAAGCAUGAAAGAAUGGGUGGAAUAGUUGAGCAGAUUGCAAAAUUAAAUAUUUUUGUUAAUGCAUAUAUUCCAGCUGUUGCUGAAAAUAUCUGGUUACUGUCGAUAUUAGAAUUCAAAGAACCAACAACAAAUUACAUAAAUGUUGCCCAAAAUGUUUUACUAUUCAUGCUCGACGGCUGACUUAAAUUUAAGAUGGCCAUGCCCAGAGAUUUAUCUACACUAUGCGAUGUAAACAGUGGCUUUUAAUAAACUUCUUGUGCAGUUUUAAAAUGUUAAAAGCCUCAUUGUAACUGUCAGGGCUUACCGGAUUCUACCAACGAUGUGUGGAGCUACUUUGAGCCUGAAUAACGGUGUAAAAAGAGAUGUAUCUGCAGAGAUAAGACAUGCCAAAGCCUGUUUGGGCAAAGUGCACAAAAAAAUGGAUCUUAGAAGAGGAGGGCUAUUCAACAAAGGAAAGUAAUUUUUUUUUAAUCAGGUUUUAAUACAACUAAAGUUCAUUUCACACCAUUAAAAGGAGUUCUCCUUUAAAGGCUGGCUUAAACAUCUGUUAUCUGUGUCGAGUUAACACGUUGCCUACACCGUAGUCUGUGCGAGCUCCCUAUGCUCUCUUUAGUUAAACUGUAAAGGUGAGAAGGUGUGGUCUACAAUGUAGGCUUUGACAAGGAAGUAUAAAUUGGCCUUUAAAGGAGAAAUCCAACGUGAAAUGGACUUGGGUUGUAGUGAGACAUGGUAACAAGUACAAACUUAGCUCGAAUAGCCCACCUCCAUUCUCCUCCAGCAUUCCUAAAUACAGAGCUUUUAGCUGAUGCUCCCAACAGGCUUACAAUGCUAGUGAUGGGGGCAUAGAGUAACCCAUGCAAAGAAAUCACUAUUUUUACAUUAUUAACAAACUCAAAGUAGCUCCACACUUUAUUGCUAAUUCUGUGAAGGCCCUGACAUUUAAAAUGAGGCUCUGAGAACUAUGUAAGUGGACAGAUAGUUUAAUAAAAUCACUGUUUAUACACACAGUAUCUUCAGUUAGUUAGUAAGUCAGCUGACUAGCAAGAAUGAAUGUGUGAAUUCCAGUUGUUGCUGUAAAUAUAUAUCUAUACCAUUUAAUGCAUUUCAAUGAAGAACUACCUAAAGGUACUGUGUGUAUAAUAAACAGUGUAUUAAAUAAACCAUCUGUGCACUUUUAAAGCUCUCAGCGCCUUGUUUUAAGUGUCAGGACCCUCAGAUUUCUACCAAUGAAGUGUGGAGCUACUUUGAGCUUAUUAAUGGUGUAAAAAUAGCCAUUCUUUGCAUGGGUAAUCUAUUCCCCAAUCACUAGGAUUAUAAGCUUUUUGGGAGCAUCGACUUAAAGUGCUGUAUUUGGGAAUGCUGUGGGAAGGACAGAAAAUUUGGUAUUCAAAAAAAGUUCAUACUCGUUAUGUUUCACUAUAGCCUAAGUCCAUUUCACACCGGAUUUCUCCUUUAAGUGAUUAUGCACUGAGCAAAUGAGCUUGAGGCUAAGACUGUAAAUAAUUAACUAAUAAAUAAAUCAACAGCUUUUCUUUUGCUAAUAGGACUUUGCUUAAAUGUUUUAAUUUAAAUAAACUUAUUUUUUCUGCAUCUUUAGUAAAUUCAUGUAUGUGUAAAUAUCUAAACAGUGUUUAACAAAUAAACUCUUUCUUUAAAGCA